AAAAUACUUAGCGUCGUGUAUAUAAUCAGAUUUUGUUUGUAAUUAAAAUAUUCACUAUUGACACUUUUCGUUUCUUUGUGUUAAAGUUUUUAAUGAGUUAUCUAUCUUCGUUCAGUGUUUAAGUCAAUCAAUAUUUCUGAACAUUUAAAAAAAAGGGGAUGAUUUAUUAAUAAAUAAUUCCAAACGAGAAUCAUGGCUGGUCAAGGGCAUCAGUUUCCUGGAAAUUUCCAGGGUAAUGCUGGAGCUAUGAGGACAGGUUUCGGCGGAGGACCCAUGGGCAACCAAAUGCAGGCUAUGCCCAAUCAAUUAACUGGUGUGAUGGGUGGGCCAAUGGGUAAUGCAGGUAUGGUUGGUAUGGGUAAUCAGAUGGUCCCGCCCUAUGGAGCAGCAAUGCCAGGACAGAUGGGAAAUAUGAGUAUGGGGAAUCAAGGUAUGGGGGUUGGAGUAGGCACUGGGCCAGCAGGUCUUGGACCUCAAGCGGUACAACAAGCAGGUAGAGGUAUGCAAGUAGCCGCCGUACAAGCUGCUGCACCUCCUCCUGCUCCGGUGAAUCACCCUCCACAGAACAAAGAGUUCAAUACAGCCUCCUUAUGCAAAUUCGGUCAAGAAACUGUUCAAGAUAUAGUAAGCAGGACACAAGAUGUGUUCCAAACUCUGAAAGCUAUACAACCACCUAACGGAACACAACACGGUGAGAAUGCUAGCAAUGAUAAGAAAGCAAAGAUGCAGGAACAAUUGAGGACGAUUAGGCUUCUGUUCAAACGGCUGAGGCUCAUAUAUGAAAAGUGUAACGAGACAUGUCAGGGUAUGGAGUACACACACAUGGAGAGUUUAAUACCACUGAAAGAUGAAGCAGAAAAUAAGGCUUUGGAUGAGAGACGGAACACUGAGACUUAUAGACAAGUGUUGGAAGAAAACAAGGAACUCACUGAGCAGGUGGUAUUAAAAAAUAAGCAGCUGAGGGAAGUGAUAACCAAUCUUAGGACAAUAAUAUGGGAGAUAAAUGUGAUGUUGACGAUGAGAAAGUCAUAGUUUUUAUUGGACACAUAAUUGUAUUACCUUCUAGAAGAAUAAAUGUUCUCUGAGUGAGAUUACCUCAUCUGGAACAACGGAUGCGGAUAAUUUGAGCGAGCACGGUGUUAAAAAUAGCAAUUCAUACAUGAUCUAUGACCGCUGGUACAUAUAAUUUAUAUGCAAUUUUGCAAUUAUCGAUUGUUAUAAAUUUAACAGCAAUCCAAGUGCAAAAACUUAAUGAGGAUUUAAAUAAAGUUUCAAAUAAAUAAAUAAAUAAGU